CGCCCUACCGGCCCCGCGGCGGCGCGUCACGCUCUCCCCCUCCCGGAGCUGACGAGCCGGGAGGCGGGAGGCGGCGGCCGCGCGGCUGCUGCUGCUGCUGCAGUUGGGGCAGGUGGUGGCGACUGGCGGCGACCGAGGCGGCGGCGAGCGAGACUGACUUCACUAUAGCAUCACCCACAGUUGUAUCAAGAACCGGGGAAAGAUAGUGGCAACAGGCAACGGAGAGACAGCCCUGACACACAGAAGGCAAUGAGUAUGCUAAAACCAAGUGGGCUUAAGGCCCCCACCAAGAUCCUGAAGCCUGGAAGCACAGCCUUGAAGACACCUGCUGCUGUUGCCACUCCAAUAGAAAAAACAAUAUCCAGUGAAAAAGCAUCAAGCACUCCGUCCUCUGAGACACAAGAGGAGUUUGUGGAUGACUUUCGAGUUGGGGAGCGAGUUUGGGUGAAUGGGAAUAAGCCUGGAUUUAUCCAGUUCCUGGGAGAAACCCAGUUUGCACCAGGCCAGUGGGCCGGGAUCGUUUUGGAUGAGCCCAUAGGCAAGAACGAUGGCUCAGUAGCAGGAGUUCGGUACUUCCAGUGUGAGCCUCUAAAGGGGAUAUUUACCCGACCUUCAAAGUUGACGAGGAAGGUGCAGGCAGAGGAUGAAGCUGAUGGCCCGAAGACGACUCACGCUUCCCGGGCGACUUCGCCUCUGUCCACUUCAGCAGUCAGCAUGGCGUCCUCGUCCCCAGCCACCCCCUCAAAUAUUCCCCACAAAUCAUCCCAACCAACUGCAAAGGAACCUUCAGCUACAUCUCAGAUCAGCAACCUUACGAAAACCGCCAGCGAAUCUAUCUCCAACCUUUCAGAGGCCGGCUCAAUCAAGAAAGGAGAGAGAGAACUCAAAAUCGGAGACCGAGUAUUGGUUGGUGGCACGAAGGCUGGUGUAGUCCGGUUUUUUGGGGAGACAGACUUUGCCAAGGGGGAGUGGUGUGGCGUGGAGUUGGAUGAGCCUCUCGGGAAGAACGAUGGGGCUGUUGCUGGAACAAGGUAUUUUCAGUGUCAACCCAAAUACGGCCUGUUUGCUCCGGUCCACAAAGUCACCAAGAUUGGCUUCCCCUCCACCACGCCAGCCAAAGCCAAGGCCUCGGCGGUGAGGCGAGCAAUGGCGACCACGCCCGCCGGCGUGAAGCGCAGCCCGUCCGCCUCCUCUCUCAGCUCCAUGAGCUCCGUGGCCUCUUCCGUGAGCAGCAAGCCCAGCCGGACAGGACUGUUGACUGAAACCUCCUCCCGUUAUGCCAGGAAGAUCUCCGGCACCACCGCCCUCCAGGAGGCCCUGAAGGAGAAGCAGCAGCAUAUUGAGCAGCUGCUGGCCGAACGGGAUCUAGAGAGGGCGGAGGUGGCCAAGGCCACGAGCCACGUGGGGGAGAUAGAGCAGGAGCUCGCCCUGGCCCGGGACGGACAUGACCAGCACGUCCUGGAAUUGGAGGCCAAGAUGGACCAGCUGCGAACGAUGGUGGAAGCUGCUGACAGGGAGAAGAUGGAACUUCUCAACCAACUUGAAGAGGAGAAAAGGAAGGUUGAGGACCUUCAGUUCCGGGUUGAAGAAGAAUCGAUUACUAAGGGCGAUCUUGAGGUGGCCACGGUGUCAGAAAAGUCCCGCAUCAUGGAACUCGAGAAAGACCUCGCUUUGCGAGUGCAGGAGGUAGCUGAGCUGCGGAGGCGGCUGGAGUCCAAUAAGCCGGCUGGGGAUGUGGACAUGUCACUGUCCCUCUUGCAAGAGAUCAGCGCCUUGCAGGAGAAGUUAGAAACCACCCAUAGUAACCAUCAGAAAGAAGUCGCUUCUCUGAGGGAGCAUUUUGGAGCCCGGGAAGAAACACACCAGAAGGAGUUAAAGGCUCUACAGGUCACCACAGAGAAGCUUUCCAAAGAGAAUGAGUCCCUGAAAAGCAAACUUGACCACGCCAACAAGGAGAAUUCAGACGUGAUCGCCCUGUGGAAGUCCAAACUGGAGACAGCCAUCGCGUCCCACCAGCAGGCCAUGGAGGAGCUGAAGGUGUCCUUCAGCAAGGGGGUCGGCACCGAGACAGCCGAGUUUGCGGAGUUAAAAACACAGAUAGAGAAGAUGAGACUAGACUACCAGCAGGAAAUAGAAAAGCUGCAGAACAAGCAGGACUCGGAAAGGUCUGCUCACACGAAAGAGCUCGAAGCCCUAAAGGCUAAGCUGAUGCAAGUCAUUAAAGAGAAGGAGAACAGUCUGGAAGCCAUCCAGUCGAAGCUGGACAAAGCGGAAGACCAGCACCUCGUGGAAAUGGAGGACACCUUAAACAAACUGCAGGAAGCCGAGCUAAAGGUAAAGGAGCUAGAGGUGCUACAAGCCAAAUGCAAUGAGCAAACCAAGGUUAUUGAUCAUUUUACAUCACAGCUCAAGGCUGCCGAAGAAAAGCUCUUGGAUCUUGAUGCGCUUCAGAAAGCCAGCUUCGAAGGUAAAUCAGAAAUCGAGAACCUCAGACAGCAGCUUGAAGCAGCUGAGAAACAGAUUAAAAACUUAGAGAGUGAAAAGGAUGCUGAAAGCGGCAAGGCUAGUAGCAUCACCAAAAAGCUGCAGGGAAAAGAGCUAAUGCUUAAUAAUCUUCAGGAAAACUUGAGCGAAGUCAGUCGAGAGAAAGAGGCUUUGGAAAAAGAACUGCAGACUUUGAAAGAAAAGUUCGCUGAUGCUUCAGAGGAGGCAGUCUCUUUUCAGAGAAGUAUGCAAGAAACUGUAAAUAAAUUACACCAAAAAGAGGAACAGUUUAACGCACUGUCUUCCGAACUGGAGAAGUUGAGAGAAAAUUUAACAGAUACGGAGGCAAAAUUCAGAGAGAGAGAUGAAAGGGAAGAGCAGCUGAUAAAGGCGAAGGAAAAACUGGAAAAUGACAUUGCAGCAAUAAUGAAAAUGUCUGGAGACAAUUCUUCUCAGCUGACAAAAAUGAACGACGAACUACGUCUGAAAGAAAGAAAUGUAGAAGAAUUACAGCUGAAACUCACCAAGGCUAAUGAAAACACAAGCCUUCUGCAGAAAAGUAUUGGGGAAGUAACUCUCAAAGCCGAACAGAGUCAGCAAGAAGCAGCUAAAAAGCAUGAGGAAGAAAAGAAAGAACUCCUGAGAAGACUAUCAGACCUGGAAAAGAAGAUGGAAAUGAGCCGCAACGAGUGUCAAGAUCUGAAAGCCAGGUACGAGGAAGCCAGUUCCGAGAGCAGAGCCAAGCAUGAAGAAGUCCUGCAGAACCUCCACAAGCUGCUCCGGGACACAGAGGAGCGGCUGAAGGCUACACAGGAGGAAAACCGUGAGCUGCUGCAGAAGCUGGAGGAGCUGGGGAAGCAAGCCGAAAGAGCCAGAUCGCUAACUUACUUAUUAACAUCAGCCAAAAGAGAAAUUGAACUAAUGUCAGAAGAGCUGAGGGGUCUGAAAUCAGAGAAGCAGCUUCUUACCCAGGAGGGGAAUGCUUUAAAGUUAGAAAAAGGUUCACUUCUGUCUAAACUUGUAGAGCUGGAGGCCAAAAUAACUUUACUUCAGGAGGACCAACAGAAGCUCUGGUCAGUAAAUGAAACUCUUAAUUUAGAAAAGGAGAAAGUCUGGGAAGAAAAGCAAGAUACUGAAAAGCUUUAUCAGCAAGAACAACUCGAUAAAGCAGCUUUGGCUGUGGAGAGAGAGAAAUUACUGAAAGAGAUUGAUAUCGCGCAGGAGGAACUCUUGAAGAUAAAUACAGAAAACGAGUCUUUGCAGGCUUCCGAAGCAAGCUUGCAGGCACUCACAGAGGAACUGCAGUUCAGCAAAGAUAUUCUAAUGGCCGAGUCUCAGAAGUAUCGGGAAGAAAAAGACCGCCUGGAGAAUCGUAUCAAGAAGCUGGUCACUGAAAACCUCUCAUUGGCUAAAGAUAAAGAUGAAAUUAUUCAGAAGCUUCAGAGCUCCUACGAGGAGCUGGUCAAAGAUCAGAAGAGCUUGGUGCAGGAGAUCGAGGAUCUCACAAUAGAGAAAAAGUCAACUUUGGAGAAACAGUCAGGUCUUGACAACAUGUGUAUAGCUAUAAAGGUCGAAAGAGAUCAUCUUCUUCAGAGCUGCAAAGACCUGCAGUUCGAGAAGGACAUGCUGCUUCAAGAUCAGGAAAAGCUGAACACCAGUCUGGAGACUGCCCGCCAGGUUAAACAUCUGCUUAGUACGGAAGCCGGUGAGCUCCGCACACAGCUGGAGGAGGCCAGCAAGGCCCUGAGGAAGGCUGAGCUGGAGAUUCUGCAACUGCAGGCCACGAACACGAGCCUCACAAACCUGCUGGAAGAAAUUAAGACCAGCCGGGAGAUCACAGACUCCGAGUGCAUUCAGCUUCUGCAUGAGAAAGAGACCUUAACCUCAUCCGAGAGAAGGCUCUUGACUGAGAAAGAAGAACUGCUGAAUGAAAAUAGGCUCAUCUCGGAAAAACUCAGCAAAUACUCAGAAGAGUCCGCCCACAUCGAGAUGAACCUGAAUGAGAAGAUCACGUACCUCACUUCUGAGAAGGAGCUGGUUUGUCAGAAAAUCAGCAAGCUCAAAAAGCAGCAGGAUAACCUCUUGAAAGAAAAAUCGGUACUGGAGAUACAGAAUGGGGAUUUACUGGUAGAAAGAGAGAACUCCAAGAAGGCCAUGGAAGACCUUAAAAAGAAAUAUGAUCAAGAGUCAGCCAACAGAAGAAUCAUUGUGCACGAGAAGAUGAAACUGCUCAGCAAUCUCGAGGCUCUGAAGAAAGAACUUCAAGAGAGAGAAAAGGAAAACCAGGCGCUCACGGCCACCAAGUGCGAUCUCUCGCUGAUGCUAAAAGAAGCCCAAAACGCCAAAAAGAUGCUAGAAAAAGAACACACUGACAUACUGCAAGCCAAGGAGAGUUUAAAUGCUGAACUCAAGGCCUGCUGUUCUGAAAAGAACAUCUUGUUAAGGGACGGGUUGAAUCUGCAAGAAGAAUGUCAGAAGUUAAACGAGAAGAUCCACACAAUGCAACAGUCCCUGGUGCUGGAGAAAGAAGCCAGGACGCAGGACCAAGAGUCCUCCUUGUACGAGAGCAAGAAGCUCCACGGGAGGGUGGUGCUUCUGGAGCAGGAGGUGGAGAAGCUGAGAGCCUGCACCCAGGAGCUCCAGUCCGAAAACUGCGCGCUCAUCCAAGAUAAGACCAACUCAGAGCAGAAAGUGGCUGACAUCGUCAAGGAGAAGGAACUCCUGAGUGCAGAGACGGCGCGUCUGGCCGCCAACAUAGAGACUCUGAAGAGUGACUUUGCUGCCUUGUCCAGGUCCAAGCUGGAACUGCAGGAACUGCACGACUACCUCACCAAGAUGCUGGGCGACCUGCAGCUGAGCCACGAGGUAACCCUGGCCGAGCAGGCCAAGGCGACGCAGGACAACAGCGACCUCCUGGCUGAGAAAAGAGAGAUGAUGCUGGAGAAGGACGAGCUCCUGAAGGAGAAGGAGAAGCUGGCCGAAAGCUACUUCUUCCUCCAGAAAGAGAUCAGCCAGCUGGCCAAAACCAACAGCCACAUCUCAGCCGAACUCCUGGAGUCUCAAAACGAAAACCGUAUUUUGAGGAAAGAGAAGAGCAAGCUCACUCUAAAAAUCAGAGAGCUCGAGACUCUACAGUCCUUUACGGCCGCUCAAACCACUGAAGAUGCCAUGCAGAUAAUGGAACAGAUGACCAAAGAGAAGACCGAAACUCUGGCCUCCUUGGAAGAUUCCAAGCAAACAAAUGAAAAACUGCAGAAUGAAUUGGAUACACUUAAAGAAAACAACUUGAAAAAUGUGGAAGAGCUGAACAAAUCAAAAGAGCUUCUGACGGUAGAGAACCAAAAAAUAGAAGAAUUCAAGAAAGAAAUAGAAUCCCUAAAGCAGGCAGCAGCUCAGAAGUCCCAGCAGCUCUCAGCGUUGCAAGAAGAGAACGUGAAACUUAACGAGGAGCUGGGGAGGAGCAGGGACGAAGUCACCAGUCACCAAAAGCUGGAAGAAGAGAGAUCUGUGCUCAAUAAUCAGUUGUUAGAAAUGAAAAAGAGAGAAUCCAAGUUAAUAAAAGACGCAGAUGAAGAAAAAGCUUCCUUGCAGAAAUCCAUCAGUAUCACUAGUGCCUUACUCACAGAAAAGGAUGCGGAGCUGGAAAAGCUGAGAAAUGAGGUCACGGUGCUCAGGGGAGAGAACGCGUCCGCCAAGUCCUUGCAUUCAGUUGUUCAGUCUCUAGAGUCUGAUAAGGUGAAGCUUGAGCUCAAGGUAAAGAACUUGGAGCUUCAACUCAAAGAAAACAAGAGGCAGCUCAGCAGCUCCUCAGGUAAUACUGAUACUCAGGCAGAAGAGGACGAAAGAGCCCAGGAGAGUCAGAUUGACUUCCUCAAUUCAGUAAUAGUAGACCUUCAGAGGAAGAAUCAGGACCUCAAGAUGAAGGUGGAGAUGAUGUCAGAAGCAGCCUUGAACGGGAACGGGGAUGACCUGAACAAUUACGACAGCGAUGACCAGGAAAAACAGUCCAAGAAGAAACCCCGCCUCUUCUGUGACAUAUGUGACUGCUUUGAUCUCCAUGACACAGAGGAUUGUCCCACCCAGGCCCAGAUGUCUGAGGACCCUCCCCACUCCACACACCACGGCAGUCGGAGCGAGGAACGCCCAUACUGUGACAUCUGCGAGAUGUUUGGGCACUGGGCUGCCAACUGCAAUGACGACGAGACCUUCUGAUGAAGCCUCCCACCCAGAACUGGGCUCUCUCAGAUGUGCUAGCGUGUAGGCAACUGACCACCAGCAUUAUGUGUGCAGACUUCAGGAGAACUCACGUUAUUUUUGACCUCCAUCAACAAAUCUAAGAAAAUAUUUUGAUCUUCCACCGAAUCGCCCUUUUUGUCUCCCCAUAUAAUAAAUAAGGGCGAUUUUCACCUCUGAUUUUUGUCUUCUUGAUUUUUAAAAAGUAUUCCAUUGCACCAGAUGCCAUUACACUCAUCGUCCCUAUGAGGGAGACCUCACAGAACGACUCCAACCCUGCCAGUACCUUAUUUAAGUUAACUUUAAAUUAUGCCGUUCCCCUUCAUAUUUGCACUAAAAUAUUUCCAGGCUGCAUUUGUAUAUUUAGAUGUUUGGGUUAAGCUUUGACACUGGAAUGAGUUGGAAAAAAAAAGUAUGCCACUUUGCAUUUUCAUCUACUCAUUUAUUUUAUUUUUAGUCAGAGAAAUAGCUGAGUUCUUUGCACUACCCGACGUCAGUAGUGCCUUUAUUUAAGGCUUGAUUAUACUUUUAGGUGUGAUUAUAAAAUCAUGAACCAGGUAAAGGGAGGGGGAAGCCCCCAGACUGCUGUGGGGACGUUUUCUUAUAAUCUCGAUGCUGCACCCACUUUACUCUACUGUGGUGUUUUGUUUAUCAGUUUUGCAUAAUUUCAGCUUCUAUAUAUUAUAUGUAUAUAUUUUUGUAAAAUCUAUAUUUUGGGAAAAAAUCCUAUACAGUAUGUCUUUCUUUUCAGAUUUUUAUCUUUAUGAAAAAGGAAACACUUAAAAUGUUCAUCAGGACAUCACGGGCUAGGCCAGGAUCAGCAUCACGUGGCUUCGCAGCUGUGUGUUCUCUCUUUUCAUUUUCUUUCUUUAUCAGGAAUAAGUAACUGGGAGAAUUUUCUCCAGAUUUUGUUUUUCUUCUCCAACAAAUAUCCCCAGCAGUCGGUUAAUUAGAUAAUAAGCCACUCUAAAACACCUAAAUGAACCAAUCUACAAUCUGUACAAGUUUUUUUUUUUUUUUUUAACUGUGUUUUUAGAUGAAUGUACGAUGUGAAAUUCAACAUUAAGAGUUUUGGAUUUUCUUAUCACAAAAAAUAAAAUGAAGGACCUCAACCACAAGUUUAGCAACCAGUUUGAAUCUAUUUAUCUUCAUUUGAAUGUCUUUUAGAAUAUGUAAAAAGUAAUAAAUAAAUGUAUCUUCCAGGAGACAUGUAUAAUAAGAACUUCUAUAAUUGUAUAUAUGCCUUUGAUGUAUUUUCCCCUUCUGAUUAUCAGCUAUGUGUUUGACAAGUGAAAAAUAAAUAUGUAAUCAGUUGAAAUUUGGAAUUAUAAACAAACAUAUCAUAAUAGGAACUGUCUCACAAACACAAAAUGUAAAGCAGUAUUAAAAUCCAAGCAAACAGGUGUUCUGUAUCUACUUGAAUAAAUGGUUAUUCUUUUUUGCCAGUGUAGUAGACUGGUAUUAUUCUCAGGUUUAUUUGUCCUAAUGGUUUUUCUUUAAAUGAGCAAGCACCAGAGGUCCAAAUAGCAAUUUCUACUGCAGUCUGUUGAGAAACUGCUUUUAAGAAAUUAUCUCAAAGCAUUCUGUGACCCACUCAGCAUAAAAUAAAUACCCAAGGUGGUUAUCCAUUGCUUUGUCUCACUAUUAUUACCUGACAGAAAUGUAAGUGUCACUGUGCAGUACCAACUACCUAUUAAAGAAUGAAGUGUGCAAAGAAA